CCAUGUGGAGACUUUGGACCGGUUGGUAUUGGGCUUGGGGGUGGGUCAGAAGGAGCAGAAAACAAUCAGUGAGAGAGAGAAAGACAAAGAUGGAAGAACUGGCAAAGCAAUCCUUUGUAGCCAUCUGUAGUGGGAGUGCAGGGAGGAAGGGCGGUGAUGUGCCGGUUGACGGAUUGAUACUGAUGGUUUGUGGGAACCUUUCCCUGCCCUUGGAGAGGUUGUUUUGGCUCCUUCCAUGCACCUACCUCAUUUCUUUUGAAUCCAUGAACCAUCGUCAUAAUGUGAAGCAUAACCUGGCAUGGCGCUCAGAACCUGAGAUCUGUAUCUGCUUGCCUUGAGGGACAAAGAAGGUUCAUCAUACCUGAGUCUCCUGCUAAAAAACCUGACUUUGUGGACAACCAUAUCCCAGGACAGCCCUUUCACGUUGGUCUAUCAUCUACUAGUAUACGUAGUUAUGCCUCCUAGAAAGAAUACAAGGCUCCCAAGCUGGUAGCCCUUACAACUCAUGACUUUGGAAUGGGAUUAAAGAAACUACAUCCCUGUCAACAUGCUUGACCAGCCGAACGAACGAAAACCACUUACCUUUACCAGAUUAACAACUACCGUAUCGUCAUCAAACCGUCGAUUCACAGUUCCUGCUGUAUCUCAUAGGUUAGAAGAGCUGUCUCAGUCCAAGAAGGCUCAUACAGAUGUCAGAAAACCAAGAUCCACUCCUGAAUGGUCUGUGGCAGUCUCAGCUAUGAGAGCAACGGCAUCUCCUAGAUUGAAGGAACUGGCACAGCCCCGACCUUACCCAGCUGGUUGGAAGUUCCAUCGCUCCCCUUAUUCUGUGGUGACUAAAGCAGCACUGUCAGCUUUACCUUCUGAACGGAUUACUGUUCUUGCUAAGCCAAGAGUAAGAACAGAUGCAAACACGGUGCACACAAAAUAAUUCAAGGAGCUGUUGUUGGAUUUCAGAAGUUUUGUGAACACUUGAAGCCCUGGACCUACAUCUCUGAUUAUGGCAAUUCUUGCUGAGUUUCGAAGGCUGAUGUCAUCUAUGCUCGCAGUCCACACAUUCUUGAAAUUAGCCAUGCAGUUGUUUGAGUUAUAUGGUCAUUGCACAUCCUUGACUUUGGCCAGUUUAGGGACGUGAUUAAAGGAUCCUGCACACAUCAUAUGGCUGUGGCUGUGAUGUUUCAUAAGUUUGAAAUACCUCCCAAUUAGUCUACCAUUUGCUUGCAUGAACCUUUGGUCAUCCAAAGACAUAGGUUUUAUCACAGCUUUGAGGUGCUCCUCUGUCUUGCAAGAAAGCAUGUGUUAACUUUGAUUUAAUCAAGAUACAUCGAGGCAAGUCUGAGUUCCAACACCAGCUGUGAUCCUAAUUUAUGAAUGGUGUAGCGAUCACCCUGCUUUGGGUCAGGUAGAAGAUUAUUUGCAUGUACCAAUGAGAGCAGUUGGGA